AUGAAACCGCUUAUGCUGCGCCUAGUUGGAUUUUUUGCAGUUAUAAGAGGAACGACCACAAUAGUUCAUGAAAACCCAUUUGCUUCCCACCAAGAGAUCAGAUACGAUAUUAGUAAUCCAUACAGAACAAAUUUAGGUUCGUAUGCAUAUACAGAUCAUAUAGUUCCUGUGCUGAACAUGCUGAAAUCAAGCUAUGGAGGCAGGUACCACAACUCUCACAAAUUCACAAUACCUAAUGUUGUUGACAGAAUUCAUAAGAGGAAUGUUGGAAUCCGUUUAUUUCCUUCUAAGUUCAUCAGGAAUGUCCAUGGGAAUGGAAAGUACAUAUUUUCUAUACACGAUGGAAUUCACCAUGCACACAGGCAGGCAAUGCAAGCAAAACUUGAUAGCUUAGUUUCAGAGCUCAAGAUCAACAAGAUUCGUUCAGAGGAGAAAAGGAUCAUGGCUGAGAAAAAGAUCAAUGAGGCAAAUCAAUUGAGAGAAGAGGAAAAGAGGCUGGUGUCAGGCAUUCUGCAAGAUCCGCAGGUGCUCGUUAAGGACACCAUCGCAGUUGCUGAUGUUGCAAAUAACUUCUUGAGUUUCAAGGGACACGAAGACUUUCUAAAAAGAAAGCUAGAGUUGAUCAAAAAGUAUCAAGAUGAACUCAUAAACCAGCAAAAGGGUCGUGCACUCCUUCAUAAGGCAUAUGGAAAAAUAGUCCCUGAUAAUCUUGGCACACUGAGGACUCUUUACAAGCAGUUCAUUGAGAGAGGCCCAGCAAAGGAGCUUACAUAUGAAAUUCCUGUUGAUCCAUCAAUUGGUAAAUUCAGCGUUUCUACUAAGAAUCUUCAUACCAGCACCACCUAUUAG